AUGGACCCGGCAGCUUACGAUGAGGACGCGUACCGCGCCGAGCUACUGCAUCAAAUGCGAGCGAGCGAGACGAUGGUGUACCAAGCAGUCUUCGCCCCGGAGCAGAUCACGGGCGGACAAACUAUGCUGGUGGCAGCCACGAGCUGGGGACUUGUCCACGUCUAUCAACUCGAUCAGGUCAUGAAACCAGCAUACUGGGAUCAAGUGGGUCGUGGCGAAGCGACCGCAUUCCCAGGACCCAAUCUAUCAUUCCGGGCUCACCCGACCCAAAUUUACUCGCUCCGCUUUGCUGGCGACGACCUCAACCCGUUGUUAAUAAGUGGAGGAGAUCAGGACUUUCGGGUGUGGAGAUGGAAGGAUAUCCUUGCAGCAUUGGAAGACCCCAUUAAGACCCAGAAGUUGACACCGGUUCAUAUCGACCACUUAAAGCGCAGAACAUUAGGUUUCAGAGGUGCACUCCUCCCAGCGUCUGAGGUCAAUGAUGUCGCAGUGAACAAGACAACGGGUCACUUAUUCCUGGCCGGAGGAGACAGUAUGGCUCAUGAGUGGGACGUGACCACGCAACAAUUCACUCGUCACUUCGAAGGCCACGAGGAUUAUUUGCAUGCAGUGCGUCAUCUCCAGCACUCCCAGGAGCUCGUAACAGGCUCCGAGGACGGCACACUUGGCAUUUGGGAUGUGCGCCAAGAGAGAAAAGUGGAAUUCUUACGUCCUCAACCGGCCACACAGUCGGAGUCUGCGUCACCGUCUCUGUGGGUGGGUGCAGUAGCACACGAUGACUCGGAGAUGUGGCUGGCUUGUGGAGGUGGGAACAAACGGUCGGCUGGCGGCUUCCUGGGUAUGUGGCAUCUGCCCUCCCGUGUACCAGUGCACUACACCAAGACAACGAGCGAUGUCCAUGACGUCGUUUUCCACCAUAUGGAGCUCCUAAGUGUGGGCAACGACCCCAGUCUGAAGAAGUGGAACCGCAGCUCUGGCCAACUCCUGGCUGCUGCCCGAUCGACGCUGAGAUCCUGUCAUUUCUGUGUGGUCGACCACGCUACCGACGUGAUCGCAGUGGGAGGUUUGGCCCCUUCUAUCGACAUCUGCACGAUGCCUGGAGUUGUGAGCUUUUCUUUGGUAGUUGACGACGAGAGUCAUCACUAAAAUUGAUGAAGGACGUAUUUCUAAA